CUUUCUCUCUCUCUUUUUUUUUUUUUAAAAAAAUAAAAAUACUUUAUAAUACAUCCUUAAUUCUCAUCCAAUAUGAAUUUCGAUGAAAUAGAAGAACAGGAUGGUAUUCGGUGGUCCUGGAAUGCUUGGCCAUCAUCACGUAUUGAAGCUACCAAGGCUGUGGUUCCUAUUGCUUGUCUUUAUACACCUUUGAAAGAACGUGAAGACUUUGUACAAAAUCCUAUUUAUUAUGAUCCAAUUACUUGUAAAGCACCUUGUCGAGCUAUUUUAAAUCCAUAUUGUCAAAUUGAUGUUCGUGGAAAACUUUGGAUUUGCCCAUUCUGUCUUCAACGUAAUGCCUUUCCACCUCAAUACAAGGAUAUAUCAAACACCAAUCUACCACCUGAAUUAUUACCAAAAUACACCACUAUUGAAUACAACUUGAAUAGAGUGGCACAAAUACCUCCCAUCUUUCUUUAUGUUGUUGAUACCUGUUUGGACGAAGAUGACCUAAAAGCUUUGAAGGAUGCUCUUGUGGUUAGUCUAAGUUUAUUACCAGACAAUGCUUGGGUUGGUUUGAUUACUUAUGGCACUAUGACUCAAGUUCAUGAACUUGGCUUUCAAGAAUGUCCCAAAUCAUUUGUCUUCCGUGGAACUAAAGAAUAUUCAGCAAAACAAAUUCAAGAAAUGUUGGGACUUGGUGGUAAUGCUUUUCGACCAGGUCAACCUGCUCAUAGACUUGGACAACCUCCUCAGGCAAGCAUGUCAGCUAAUAGAUUUCUACUUAAAGCCAGCGAUUGUGAAUUUGUCUUGACAUCUAUUUUGGAAAAUCUACAACGUGAUCCUUGGCCAGUAGCAAAUGACAAACGUGCUCAACGAUGUACUGGUGUUGCUAUGAGUGUUGCUGUUGGUCUUCUUGAAACAACAUUCCCCAAUACUGGUGCCCGUAUAAUGCUAUUUAGUGGUGGUCCUGCAACUGAAGGUCCUGGUAUUGUUGUUAGCACUGAAUUACGAGAACCUAUUCGUUCUCAUCAUGAUAUUGAAAAGGAAACCGCCAAACAUUAUAAAAAAGCAAUCAAGUUUUACGAAAGCCUUGCAAAGCGUGCUGCUACAAAUGGUCAUACCAUCGAUAUUUUUGCGGGUUGUUUGGAUCAAAUUGGUUUACUGGAAAUGAAAUCAAUGGUCAAUCACACUGGUGGUUUUAUGAUUUUGGCUGACUCAUUUAACACUGCUAUUUUUAAACAAAGUUUCCAACGUGUAUUCCAAAAAGAUAGUCAAGGACAUUUACAAAUGGGUUUCAAUGCUACUUUGGAUGUACAGACAACUCGUGAACUCAAGGUGUGUGGUUUGAUUGGUCAUGCUGUGUCUGGCAACAAGAAAUCAACCUAUGUUGGUGAAACUGAAAUCGGUAUUGGCAAUACAUCAUCAUGGAAAAUGUGUUCAGUGACGUCUAAAACGACCAAUGGGAUUUACUUUGAAGCUGUGAAUCAACCAACAGCACAACUACAACCUGGAUCAAGAGGCCUGAUUCAAUUCGUUACCCAUUAUCAACAUUCCAGUGGUCAAUUUCGAUUACGUGUUACAACGGUUGCUCGCAAUUUUGCUGAUGGUCAAAGUCCUGAAAUCGCCAAUUCAUUUGAUCAAGAAACUGCUGCUGUACUCAUGUCUCGUAUUGCUGUAUUCAAGGGUGAAAUUGAUGAUGGUCCUGAUGUUCUUCGUUGGUUGGAUCGUAUGCUUAUUCGUCUUUGUCAACGUUUUGCUGAUUAUCGUAAGGAUGAUCCUCAUAGUUUCCGUCUAUCCGAGAACUUUUCUAUCUAUCCUCAAUUUAUGUUCCAUCUUCGUCGAAGUCAAUUCUUACAAGUCUUCAAUAAUUCUCCUGAUGAAACAGCUUUUUACCGUCAUGUAUUAAAUCGUGAAAAUGUGGAUAAUUCUUUAAUUAUGAUUCAACCAACAUUGACAUCGUAUGCAUUUGAUGAAUCACCUCAACCUGUCUUAUUGGAUUCCAUCUCAAUCAAACCAGAUGUUAUAUUACUUUUGGAUACAUUUUUCCAUGUCCUUAUCUUCCAUGGUAGUACUAUUGCAGAAUGGCGUCAUGCAGGAUAUCAAGAUCAAGAAGGUUAUGAAAACUUUAAGCAACUAUUGGAAGCUCCUAUUUAUGAUGCUCAAGAUUUAUUAAUUGAUCGAUUCCCUAUUCCUCGUUAUAUUGUAUGUGAUCAAGGUGGAUCUCAAGCACGAUUCCUUUUAUCUAAAUUAAAUCCUUCAACUACUCAUGCAUCUAGUAGUCCUUAUGGUGAUCCUACUGGUGCUGCAAUUUUCACUGAUGAUGUUAGUCUACAAGUAUUUAUGGAACAUUUGAAAAAGCUCUCGGUUGCUGGUACGUCUUGAAAUAAAAUAAAAUAAAAAAAUAGUUUAGUUAUUGUCCUAUUUCUCCCUUUCAAAUAAAAAGGAAAAAAAAAUGUUUACUCUUUA